AGGAGAUGCUCGGGUCCAUGCAGUGGCAGAGAUCUCUACUGAAGAAGAGAUAGUGGCAGCCACACUGCAGGCUCCUUGUGCAAUGAAAAGCUAGUUGACAGGCUGCCAGAGCGAGGAAGAGGGGGGCAGUGAGGGGAAGACAGGAAUAGGAGGAGGAGGAGGGGGAGCGGACCUGCUGCAUUUCCUACAGCAGCGAGGCGUCAUCAUCUGCAUCUGCCCGGGGAAGGAGGGAUCAGCAGCAGCAGCCUGGCUUUCAUGUCCACCUACAAGGGGAGCAAAGCAGCAACAGCGACCAGUUCCAUCUACAAAGGGGGGAAGGGGCUGGAUUUGAGGGAUACUGCAUUGGCUGCCCCUGCCCCCCUCGCUCUUGCAGUCUCUGCCUUUACGCGUGUGGCUGGCGAGCCAUGAAUUCUGCAGAGCAAACCGUAACAUGGCUUAUAACUCUCGGGGUGCUGGAGUCGCCCAAGAAAACCAUCUCCGAUCCGGAGGGCUUCCUGCAAACGUCCCUGAAGGACGGGGUGGUCCUGUGCCGGCUGCUGGAGAGGCUUUUGCCCGGUUCCAUAGACAAGGUAAAGGCCCUGGCUGCCAGGUGUACCCCGAGCCGCGCACUGACACCGAGUGCCUGGGAAACAUCAGGGAGUUCCUGCGAGGCUGCAGCGCCUUCAACUUGGAAACUUUUGAUGCCAAUGACCUCUAUCAGGGGCAGAACUUCAACAAGGUGCUAAACUCCCUGGUGCUUCUCAACAAAGUUACAGCAGAUAUUGGCUUGGGAAGUGACUCUGUGUGUUCCCGUUCAUCCUCUCAUCGGAUAAAGUCCUUCGAUUCCCUUGGGUCACAGUCAGUGCUUAGCCGCUCUUCAAAAUUAUUGCAGAGUCAAUAUAGGAGCUUGGACAUGACAGAAAACAGCAACCACCAUAUGGUGGUACGGGCCAAGUUUAAUUUCCAGCAGACGAAUGAAGAUGAGCUGUCUUUUAACAAAGGGGAUAUCAUUCAUGUCACACGCCAAGAAGAUGGUGGCUGGUGGGAAGGCACUCACAGUGGCAAAACAGGAUGGUUCCCAAGCAACUAUGUCCGAGAAGUAAAGUCAUCUGAAAAGCCAGUGUCUCCAAAGUCCACUACACUGAAGAGCCCACCUAAAGGGUUUGACACAUCUGCAAUCAACAAAAGUUACUACAACGUGGUGCUACAAAACAUACUGGAAACAGAAAGUGAAUACUCUAAAGAACUCCAGGACAUGCUUUCCAACUACCUGCGACAUUUGCAAACUAGUGAAAAAUUAAGCCCUACAAAUAUCUCUUACUUAAUGGGGAACCUGGAAGAGAUAUGUGCUUUUCAGCAGAUGCUGGUACAAUCAUUAGAAGAAUGCACCAAGUUACCGGAGGGGCAACAGAGGGUUGGGGGAUGCUUUGUGAAUCUGAUGCCUCAAAUAAAGAGUCUGUACCUUGCCUAUUGUGCCAAUCAUCCUUCAGCAGUAAAUGUCCUCACACAACACAGUGAGGAACUUGGCGAGUUCAUGGAAAUGAAAGGUGCCAACAGCCCAGGGAUUCUUGUACUGACAACAGGUCUGAGUAAGCCAUUUAUGCGUCUGGACAAAUACCCAACACUGCUGAAAGAGUUAGAACGACAUAUGGAGGACUAUCACCCAGAUCGACCAGAUAUCCAGAAAUCAAUGACCGCGUUCAAGAACCUUUCUGCACAGUGUCAAGAAGUAAGGAAAAGAAAGGAACUGGAGCUGCAAAUCCUGACAGAAACCAUUCGAGGAUGGGAGGGGGAAGACAUAAAGACGUUGGGCGCAGUUAUAUACAUGUCCCAGGUUUUGAUACAGUGUGCAGGAAGUGAGGAAAAGAAUGAAAGAUAUCUGCUGCUGUUUCCAAAUGUCUUGUUAAUGUUGUCAGCCAGUCCACGGAUGAGUGGUUUUAUAUACCAGGGGAAGAUACCACUGACAGGAAUGUGUGUGACAAAACUUGAAGAUAAUGAAAAUCAUAAAAAUGCUUAUGAAAUAGCAGCUUUCAAAUGCGGGUCAGUGACUCCGGCAUCCAGAAAACUAUUUCCCUGUAACAUGAUUGAGAGGAUCAUAGUAUCAUGUAACAACCAGCAAGAUCUGCAGGAAUGGGUUGACCACCUACAUAAGCAAACAAAGUUCACUUCAUUGACAACCCCUACAAUCAAACCCCACUCUGUGCCCUCUCACACUCUUCCUUCUCAUCCGGUCACACCUUCAAGCAAGCACUCAGACUGUAAGCCAAUGCCACUAACACCAGCCUAUCACACAUUACCACACCUUUCACACCAUGGAACUCCACAUAGCACUAUUAGCUGGAGUCCUUUGGAACCACCCAAGACCCCCAAACCUUGGAGCUUAAGUUGUUUAAGGCCUGCCCCUCCUCUUCGUCCCUCUGCAGCACUGUGUUACAAGGAGAGGAUGUCAUGUAUACUCAAGGACCUCAGUAAAAGCCCCAAAUCAAUGAAAAAAUUACUCCCUAAACGCAAGCCAGAACGGAAACCAUCGGAUGAGGAGUUUGCUUUGAGGAAAAGUACAGCUGCACUAGAAGAAGAUGCUCAGAUUCUCAAGGUUAUAGAGGCCUAUUGUACGAGUGCCAAAACACGCCAAACAUUAAAUUCCACAUGGCAAGGCACUGACCUGAUGCAUAAUCACGUCUUGGCUGAUGAUGACCAAUCAAGUCUAGACUCCUUGGGUCGUCGCAGUAGCCUUUCUCGCUUGGAGCCUUCAGACCUCUCGGAAGACUCUGACUAUGACAGUAUAUGGACAGCCCAUAGUUACAGAAUGGGGUCUACUUCUCUUUGCCGCAAUGAAGCAGCUCCUCAAGUAUUGUUUCCGGAAGAGGAGAAAAUUAUAGUAGAAGAAACCAGGAGUAAUGGACAGACCGUUAUAGAAGAAAAGAGUCUUGUUGAUACAGUUUAUGCAUUAAAAGACGAAGUCCAGGAACUUAAACAGGAUAGUAAAAAGAUGAAGAAAUCCUUGGAAGAAGAACAAAGAGCUCGCAAGGAGCUUGAAAAACUUAUAAGAAAAGUCCUAAAGUACAUGAAUGAUCCUUCUUGGGAUGAAACCAAUUUGUAAUUAUCAGUGUCUUCCUCUUUUCUGCCCAGGGAUCAAAAGAGUGGCGCUCUCUGACAUUUGGCGAGCCUUGUUGCAUGGGGGGCACUGCAGAAUGAGAUUUUGCUGGAUCUUAGCAGGAUUUUCACUUGCACUGGUUUGACACCAUUCAUAGGUGACUCCCCCCAGACACGUCAACAGCUGCAGAUGUAAACCUCAGAGAAUUUGGACUGUACCAAACCAAUAAUGUUUUUACCUUUACACGUUAAUUACCUCAUUUUGCAAGUGCGGUUGCUAACUGAAAAUCCAUUUUUCCCCAAUGAUGUUAUAAAGAGCUAUAAAUAAUGUAUUCCUUUUUCUUGUAUAUAAUGUUUUGAAUGCUUACAUGUGAAAGGCACUUGGGGCUCUAUCUUUUUUUUCCCUCCUACUUUUUCCUUUAAAUAUUCAUAAUGGUCACAUGGACAUACGUUUCUGCUAUGACAGCAUCCUUUAAAGCAGAAUUGGCGAAAAGAGUCAACAUCUCAAAUGCUUUCACACAAUUAAGGCUAUGUCAAAUAGUUUGUUAGGCCAUGUAUUUAAGUAAUUUAAUUGCCUUAUUUAUAUACAUGUAAACAACACAGUUGUUUAAAAUACAGCAAACAAUGGGAAUCUAGAGCCAUUUUAAUGUAAAACUGCUAAUUACACGUGACCUGUGUUUAUGCAUAUAUAAAUAUAUAUUUAUUGCUUAGUUUUCUUCCUGUCACCAAACACUAACAUUAAUUAUUUUGUUGGACAACUAACGGCUUUUUUAUUUGUCAAGAUUUCACUAUAACUUGAACACCAUGAACAAAUGUGUUAUUUUAUAAUUUCAGAAACAAAUGAAACAACAAUGAGAACGCAUUUGUUGUUGCAUUUUCCGUGCAGUGAUUGCCAUGAGCUACCUGUAACCCUCACAUAUUGCCCUACAACAAAGACCCAAGCCACACAGGGCUGGAUAGAAACUGCCUAACACUAGAAGUCACAGAUUUAUUCCUGUUCAGUAAAUAGGCUGUACCAUCAUACAGUAUAUGGGCACUAUCUGCUCGCAGAAAUUCCAGCAAAGACUACACCCAGUGUGUUGCAGGCCUAAAAGUUGUAAUUUUAAAAUGAAGCCUGGAACAGCUGUAAACUCAUAUACCUAUAUUACUGCUUCUGUGCUGUAAAGUAAAUUGAGAGUUGUAAAUAUAUGCAUACACAUGCAGAUCUUGGCUGCAAAGUUUUUAUGCUCACGCCAAGAUCUGCGUGUGUGAGGCCUAAAAGUUGUAGUGGGUGUUUUGAGGCACAACUUCUCUAUGCUUGAGACACUGACUAAUAAAAUGUUAUGUAAAUGUAGAUGCCUAAAAUUAGGCAGGCCAUCACUGUUUCUUUGACAAUCUACUUUAGAUAAUCUUACUGAGCUUAUUAUUGGUUUUUAGCACUGGUUAUGGUGGGAGGUGCAGGAUCUAUAUAAUCAAAGUAACCCUUUUUUAUAUGCAAAAUUGUUAGUGUUUCAGACUUUACGAGCUUAAAGGGGAUAUAAAGUCUUCCUGUUAAGUUAAGGGAUUCUGAAUCAUAAAACCAAGCAACUGUGCAAUAUACAUGCUUUACUGUACAAAUGUAAAGAAAGAGUAAGAAUAAAUUAAAACAUGUACAGUAUAUUGGAAAGUUGCUUGUUUUUAGGCGUUCUAUUAGACUCCCUUAACGUAAUAGGAAGACUUUACAUCCCCUUUAAGCAGACCCUCCAAAUAGCAACUCCCAGCAUUCUCAUUGAUACAGCGGAACCCGAAUGCUACACCUAAUAUUUUUAACUGAGCACUAGUCUCCACCCACAGCAUGACUGCCCAUACAAUUUAUAGCAACAAGGACAGCUAAUCUGUAUUUCUUUCCCCUCUUCCUCCACUUUGCUUUAUUGCUCUUAAUUGUUGUAACAUAGAUAUGCAAAACUAAUGUUCAUGGGGAGAAAAGCCAUUUGUUAAUAACUUCAUAAAUGCCCCAACUGUUUAACUAUUUUGUCAUGCGGACGUGCCAUAGAUUAACAUUCCAUUUGAAGAUGACAAAAACUUUGAAAAGAACAAAAGGCCCCCCAGUAUAUUAGGAUCUGUCAUGAACAACACUGGAUUUAGCAUGUGACACUUUCAUAUUUACUUAAUACUACAAUGGGGCUCAUCUUCUGCAGUCUGAUGUUGUAUUUCAUAUUGUCAUUGUAUUGUUUUCCUAUAUGCCUUACAUGUAAAAUGUUAAGAAUCAGUAUAGUUGUGUUUUGGUACUUUGGAUGUCAGAGAAAUCUUGCAUAAAAUGACUGUUUUGUAAAUAGGAGGGGGAAACAUUUGAACUUAUCCUGGAAAUAACAAACAUUUUCUACAAA